GUGUUCACCACAUAGUUCCAAAGGUCUUCCACUUGGCACCACCACCAGAGAAAACAAAAUGAUCGAACCCAUAGGGAAUCAGUACAUUGUGGCCAGGCCAGUGUAUUCUGCAAAUGCUUUUGGGGAAGACCACAGGAAGAAGGAAAGACAUCAUAAGACAUUUCUGGAUCAUCUUAAAGCAUGGUGUAGCUGUUCCACACAAAAGGCCAAGAGAAUUGCCCUGUCUCUGCUCCCCAUAGCAGCUUGGUUACCAGCAUACCGGUUGAAAGAAUGGCUGCUCAGCGACAUUGUCUCUGGUAUCAGCACAGGGCUGGUGGCUGUACUUCAAGGUUUAGCAUUUGCUCUGCUGGUCACCAUCCCUCCAAGAUACGGCUUGUAUGCAGCUUUUUUCCCAGUUCUAACCUACUUCUUAUUGGGCACUUCUAAACACAUAUCUGUGGGUCCAUUUCCCGUUCUGAGUAUGAUGGUGGGAGCAGUAGUUACAAGAGUAGCCUCAGAUGCCGGUACUACCACAAAUUCGUCAAGUAACCUAAUGGGUAAUGAUUCGUUACUGGAGGACAGGAAGUUGUUGGUGGCAACAUCAGUCACGGUCCUUUCUGGAAUCAUCCAGCUGGCCCUGGGGGUUCUGCAGAUUGGAUUUGUAGUGAUAUACCUAUCUGAGUCUCUAAUCAGUGGCUUUACCACUGCUGCUGCCGUUCACGUUUUGGUUUCCCAACUCAAAUUCAUGCUGCAACUGACAGUCCCUGCACACAGUGACCCGUUCUCAAUUUUCAAAGUACUAGAGUCUGUAUUCACCCAAAUAGAGAAGACGAACAUCGCAGACCUUGUGACAUCUCUUGUUAUCCUAGCUGCUGUAUUUGUGGUUAAGGAAAUAAAUCAGCACUACAAAGCACAACUUCCAGUGCCUAUCCCCAUUGAACUCAUCAUGGCUGUGAUCGCAACAGGUGUAUCCUAUGGCUUUGACUUCGAACACAGGUUUAACGUGUCUGUGAUUGGGAAUAUGAAACAAGGAUUUGAGUCACCUAUCACACCUGAUGUGCAGAUCUUCCAAGACACCAUCGGAGACUGCUUCGGUAUUGCCAUCGUUGGCUUUGCAGUGGCCUUUUCCGUUGCCAGCGUCUAUUCCCUCAAAUACGAUUAUUCUAUUGAUGGCAAUCAGGAGUUAAUAGCCUUGGGAGUGAGCAACAUAUUCACUGGAGCAUUCCGAGGGUUUGCAGGGAGCACCGCCCUCUCCAGAUCCGGGGUUCAGGAGAGCACAGGCGGCAAGACACAGAUUGCUGGGAUUCUCUCUGCUGUCAUCGUGCUGAUUGUCAUUGUGGCCAUCGGAUUUCUUCUGGAACCACUACAAAAGUCUGUCCUGGCAGCUCUAGCACUUGGGAACUUAAAGGGAAUGCUGAUGCAGUUUGCUGAAAUAGGCAGAUUAUGGAAAAAGGAUAAAUAUGAUUGUUUCAUUUGGAUCAUGACCUUCAUCUUUGCCAUUGUCCUGGGACUUGGGUUAGGCCUGGCAGCAAGCGUGGCAUUUCAGCUCUUAACCAUCGUAUUCAGGACUCAAUUUCCAAAAUGCAGCACACUGGCUAAUAUUGGAAGGAGCAAUAUCUAUAAGAAUAGAAAGGAUUAUUCUGAGAUGUAUGAGCCAGAAGGAGUGAAAAUUUUCAGAUGCCCAUCUCCAAUCUACUUUGCGAAUAUUCGUUUCUUUAAGCAGAAACUUACUGAUGCUGUUGGCUUUAGUCCACUUCGAAUUUUACGCAAGCGUAACAAAGCUUUGAAGAAACUCCGAAAACUGCAGAAGCAAGGCCUGCUGCAAGUGACUCCUAAAGGAUUUAUAUGGACCGCUGAUGGCUUCAGAGAUUCCGACGAAGAGUUAGACAACAACCGAAUGGAAGAACUGGAUCAGCCGAUCGAUACAGCAGAUCUACCCUUCCAGAUAGACUGGAAUGCCGAUCUUCCUCUCAACAUUGUGGUUCCCAAAAUCAGCCUCCACAGCCUCAUUCUCGAUUUUUCAGCAGUUUCCUUUCUUGACGUUUCUUCAAUGAGGGGUCUCAAAGAGAUCUUGCAAGAAUUUAUAAGGGUCAAUGUAGAUGUGUACAUUGUUGGAACCGACGAUGAUUUCAUAGAGAAGCUUGCUCGGUGUCAAUUUUUUGAUGAUGAAGUCAAAGACUCAAUAUUUUUCUUAACAAUCCAUGACGCUGUUUUGCACAUUUUGAUGAAGAAAGAUUACAGUACUUCAAAGUUUAACCCCAGCCAGCAAAAAGAAACGAAAUUUGACUUUACCAUAAAUACAAAUGGAGGAUUACGUAAUCGGGAAUGUCAGGUACCAAUUGAAACGAAAUUCUAAUAAAAAUAUAAUUCAGAGGGAUCCUCAUCUGUCACGUGAAAAACAACUUUAUACCCAGAAAGUUAUUGAUAAGGUCAUACGUUGUAUUAAGCAUUUUUUGUUUGUUUGUUUUU